CACACUUUCCCUUCUCUGCGAUCAGUCAUAUUGGCUUCCCCUUUCCCAAUGGCGACACGCUCCGAUAAGCUCUCCAAGCACUUGGUGCUCCUUGAGAAGGGCAAGAGACAGGUGACAAAACCAGGUGAUGCCAAACUGCUACUAGAAGCUCUUUGUGGUCAAGAUAACCAUUUACGCUGUAUUGAGAGAGUGCUUGCUUCCCCCGCUCUGAGCGAUUCGCUUCAGAACAGCUUCCGUCUGGAUUUAUCGCCGGAGUUUAUCAACAAUUCCGUGGCCCCAUUCCUCAGCUACAUACAGCACCCAUCAAUCGAGGAUUUUGGGAGUGGACAAUUUCUCCGUCAAAUGGUCUCCCGUAUCAUCGAACCGCCUACAUUCUGGAAUGCCUUUGUUCAGUUCCACAGCCAGAAAAGGCUUAGUGACCAGGCUGAUCGAGGCUUUGCAUGGUUGCUCCUUAAAAUAAUCAGUACCCAGGGCUGCCCCAGUGAAAUCAUCGCCACCGCCCAGCAAAUUUCGCAGGCCCGGACAUUUCUCGUUUCAUCCUCCCUAGAGGUUCGCACCAUCGGCUAUCGCAUUGAUGGCAUCCUGAAGACCCUCAGAACUAGGGUAGACGGGAAGGAUGACUUCCGGCCCGGUGGCAGACAUGACAAUGACUUUGAGUGCUUUCGUGAUAUCUCUAUCCUGCCAACCCCAGAUGAGAUCGCUUCUACGAAGAGGCCCUUCUAUCGGCGUAUGGAUGACAUCUACCAGGUUUCAGUGGAUGAACGAUCGGUCGCUCAUUACGAUAACCAGUUUCGCCUGUUGAGAGAAGACAUGCUAGCAGAACUGAGAAGUGAUCUUCAGCUUGCUCGUGGUCAGAGAAAGGGGCGACGAUCGGCCUUGACCAUCUAUGGACUCCAGCUCACUGGCGUCAGCUGUGGUGAGGAGGAGAACCGUCGAAGGGCCUGUAGUGUUCAAUUCAAAUGCACAAAAGGAAUCCCCGGAUUAUCCCACCUGCCCCAGGCCGAACGUAAACAGUUACUGAGUGAAACUCCCAACUUCCUGAAGCACCAGACCUUUGGGUGCUUGCUAGAUAAGAUGGAGAUUGUCGGGUUUGCUUCUUUAGAUCGUUGGUCGUCAGAUCUCACAGAUGACGUCCCGACGGUCGCGUUGAGCGUGUCUGGUGAUGCCGCCCUCUACCGCGUUCUCGCAUGCGCUAAGAUGGGGCUCAAGUUUGCAUUCCUGGUUGUCAAUACUCCCAUUUUUGCAUAUGAGCCAAUUCUCCUGCAAUUGCAAUCGGUGAUAGAAUACCCAUUGUCAAACAUACUGCUUGCGCCAGCUCCCUCACCGGAGCGGCUGACGUUGGAUGAAAGUCUUGAGACUAUUGUUGAACGGAUACGAAACAGCGAGGGCCAGUCACUUCAUCGAAUUAUCCAUACCACGAAGAGCAUAUCCCUGGACAAAUCGCAGCUUCAAUCUCUCUUGGACGGUUUGCAGCAAAGCAUAAGCACAAUCCAAGGGCCACCUGGAACGGGGAAGUCAUUUCUCGGUGCCCUGAUUGCCAAGAUUUUGCAUGAUGAAACAAGUAAGACGCUCAUGAUCAUUUGCUACACGAACCAUGCACUGGAUCAGUUCCUUGAGGACCUUCUGGAUAUUGGCAUCCCAACCACGUCCAUGGUACGGCUUGGUUCCAAAUCUACGCCGCGUACAAAGAACCUGGGGCUGUUUGAGCAGUCUCGAGGCACGUUGGGCGUUGAUUCAUGGUCUUUUGUGGACCAGAAAAGGGAGGAACUAGAAGAAGCAGUGAAGGAGUUGCAAUCUUACUCCGCAGAGUACAGCCGUGACUCCAUUUCCAAAGAUGACAUGCUCGAAUACUUGGAGUUUUCCGAGGACAGCACGUUCUUCGACGCAUUCACCGUUCCCGAAGAGCCGACUGGUAUGCAACGCAUCGGAAGACGAGGCAAAAGUGUUGGAAAAUACUAUCUCUGGGAUGCAUGGCGACAUGGGCGGGACCCGGGUACUCUCCGCGACCUCAUCAGUCCUCAGCACGCUUAUAUCUGGACGAUGGCAUUUUCCAGGCGCCGGGAGUUGAUGGAGACUUGGCAGAGAAACAUACUUUUUGAGAAAUCCACUAAAUUGGUCGAGCUCGUCAGGAGGUGUAACGUUCUUUCUAAGAACCUGGACGAAUACUUUUAUCACAAGCGACAUUGCGCCGUUCUUGAAAACAAGCGAAUUGUGGCCUGCACAACAAACGCAGCCGCUCGAUAUGCACCAGCUUUGCGGGUCGCUAAACCCGACGUCGUCAUUGUGGAGGAGGCCGGGGAGAUCCUGGAAAGUCACAUCCUGACAGCCAUGACUAUGGACACGCAGCAGCUGGUGUUAAUCGGAGACCACAAGCAAUUGCGCCCGAAGAUCAACAAUUACAACUUGUCCGUCGAAAAAGGUGAUGGGCUGGACCUCAACCGCUCCCUCUUUGAACGACUUAUCUCCAAGGGCUAUCCACACAGCUCCCUCACUACACAGCACCGCAUGCGCCCGGAGAUAUCCCGACUUGUCCGGCAUCUGACAUAUCCGGACUUGCAGGAUUCGGAGAGGACGUGCAAGCGACCACCACUCCGUGGGUUCCAAACUGACGUCGUAUUCGUAAACCAUUGCCAUCUGGAGCGUGAACUCCAUGAAUGUGCCGAAAGAAGGGAUCCAACUUCGAAGGCUAGCAAGCAGAAUCCAUUCGAGGUGGAGAUGACGUUGAAGGUUGUCAAGUACCUGGGGCAGCAAGGGUACGGCACGGAGGACAUUGUAAUUUUGACACCGUACUUGGGCCAGCUAUCUUUGCUGCGGACGGAGCUGAGUAAAACAAAUGACCCGGUGCUGAACAACCUGGAUGCGAACGACCUCAUACAGGCCGGUCUUCGGUUGCCGGGGAGUACGAAGGUGACUAGAGAUCCGAUUCGCAUAUCAACCAUAGAUAAUUACCAGGGCGAAGAGAGGAACAUCGUCAUUGCGAGCCUGACGCGUAGCAAUGAGGCCGGGGAUAUUGGUUUCAUGGCUGCUCCGGAGCGUGUCAAUGUUCUACUCUCCCGAGCAAGAAAUGCCCUGGUGAUGAUUGGGAACGCGAGUACAUUCCUAGCAAGCCGGAAAGGACAGUCCACGUGGAAGCCUCUGCUAGAGAUGCUUCAGGCCCAUGGUCAGGUAUAUGAUGGUGUUCCCCUCAAAUGUGAAACCCAUCCGGAUCGCAUGAUCGUCGUCCAGUCUCCAGAAACGUUUGAGAAGGAAUGUCCUGAUGGAGGAUGUUCGGAUCCUUGCUCAACCUUACUCCCAUGUGGUCUUCACUCAUGUAUUCGACGGUGCCACCGCGCUCUGGAUCACAAGAGAAUGAAAUGCAUAAUGACUAUGCAUAAAGCCUGUCCUAAAAACCACAAUUACUACUGGGAAUGCUCCCAAGGAGAGCCCAAGGUCUGCCCUACCUGUCACGGGGAGGCGAUUGAGGCAGAGCGGAGAAGAAUUGAAGAUGCCAAGCUGGAAGAGAAGCGACGUAAGAUCCAGCUUGAACAUGCAAAGCAGCUUGCGGAGAUUCAGGACAAAAUCGAAAUGCAGCGGGAACGCCUGACCAAUGAGCAGAAGGUCCGAGAUCAUCAAGAGACUCUUGCUCAAAAGCAAAAGGAGCUUGAGAGCCUGACUGCGGUCGCAAGUCGCCUCACUACCUCCCGGUCAGCUGCGACGAAGGAAUCAGCUGGUAGCAUUGGUAGCGAUAACAGUGAGCCCAAAACGGUCACUCUCAAGUCGGCUGCACGAGAUGAGUGGGAAAGGCAGAAGACAGAAGAAGGCCAGUCGAACGCACCUUUGGACACACUGAUGGACAUGAUUGGACUCGAAAGCGUCAAGGACAGCCUUCUUGCCAUCAAGGCCAAGGUGGAUGUGGUCGUUCGGCAGGGGGCAAGUCUGUCUGACGAGCGGUUCGGGGCAGCUCUCCUUGGCAACCCGGGAACAGGUAAAACUACCGUGGCGCGUCUGUAUGCCGAAUUCCUUGGCUCUGUUGGGGUCAUCCCGGGAAGCUUCUUCGACGAGACAUCGGGUUCGAAACUCGCCAACGCCGGCAUUGCCGGGUGCCAAAAACAUCUCAACCAAAUAAAGUCGAAAGGUGGAGGAGCUUUGUUUAUAGACGAGGCUUAUCAGUUAACCUCCGGCAACAAUGCAGGGGGUAGCUCGGUUCUUGAUUUCCUGUUGGCAGAAGUGGAGAAUUUGACAGGCAAGGUCAUAUUCAUUCUUGCUGGAUACAAUAAGAAUAUGGAGAGCUUCUUUGCCCACAAUCCCGGUAUUCCUAGCAGGUUCCCUAUAGAACUGCAGUUCCAGGACUAUUCGGAUGAGGAACUGCGUACAAUUCUCCAUCAUCACAUGAACAAGAAAUAUAAGGAACGAAUGAGGGUGGAGGAUGGGCCGGAUGGACUGUACAUGCGCAUUGUCGCACGGCGUGUCGGUCGCGGCCGCGGUCGUGAGGGGUUUGGGAACGCUCGUAGCGUGCACAAUGCCUUCGCGCGUAUCACAGAGCGUCAGGCCAAACGACUACAACGAGAACGGAGAUUGAAGAAGCCCACCGAUGAUCUGCUUCUGACAAAGGAGGACCUUCUCGGUCCGGAUCCGCGCACAGUGCUUAAGAAGAACGCCACUUGGGACAAGCUGCAAGCAUUAACAGGUCUCCGCCAGGUGAAGCAAUCGGUCCAAGCCUUAUUCGACACGGUUUCCUUUAACUACCAACGCGAGCUGGAGGAGAAGCCCAUGGUGGAGUUCUCGCUUAAUAAGGUCUUCGUCGGGAAUCCAGGCACCGGUAAGACUACAGUCGCAAAACUGUACGGGAAGCUCCUAGCUGAGAUGGGAUAUCUUUCAAACGGAGAAGUCGUCGUCAAAAACCCAUCUGACUUCGUUGGCAACGUCAUUGGGGGCUCGGAGGCCGCUACGAAGGGCAUCUUGGCCUCCACCCUUGGUAAGGUUCUAGUCAUCGACGAAGCGUACAUGCUAGGGGGCACGUCCUCAUCUUCAGAUGGGGGUACUAAUCCGGAUAUAUUCAAGACGGCGGUCAUCGACACCUUGGUUGCAGAAGUACAAAGCGUCCCCGGUGACGAUCGCUGUGUCCUGCUUCUGGGAUACAGGGAUGCGAUGGAAAGGAUGUUCCAGACAGUCAAUGAAGGCCUCUCGCGACGUUUCCCUAUGAGCGCCGCAUUUGACUUCGAGGAUUUCACCGAUGAUGAUCUCCAAGACAUACUGAAUCUCAAGCUUAAGGGACUUCAUUUUAGCGCGACUGCAGAGGCAAAAUCAGUCGUUCGCCAAUGUCUUAGUCGUGCCCGAAACAGACCGAAUUUUGGCAAUGCUGGCGAGGUGGAUAUCCUUCUUGACAAGGCUAAACUACGCCACCAGCAGCGACUGUCCGCGCGAAAGACUAGGAAUAUUGACAUUCUAGAGCCACUGGACUUCGAUCCUGAUUUUGACCGAGAACAGAAUGCGGUCGCUAACUGUCGGAAGCUGUUUCACGGCGUAGUGGGUUGUGAGCAGCUUGUUGCGCAGCUGGAGGGCUACCAGAAUGUGGCUAGGAACAUGAAAAGACUCGGAUUGGAUUCUCGGGAAAAGAUUCCUUUCAACUUCCUCUUUCGCGGGCCCCCAGGGUCUGGCAAGACUUCAACCGCACGCCGUAUGGGACAGGUCUUUUAUGACAUGGGUAUUCUCGGGGCGUCCGAAGUAGUAGAGUGCUCAUCAUCAGAUCUUGUCGCACAAUAUGUGGGCCAGACCGGCCCAAAAACCGAGAGGCUUCUCGAAAAGGGACUAGGUCGGGUUCUCUUCAUCGACGAGGCGUACCGGCUCGCGGACGGCACAUUUGGGAAAGAGGCCAUGGACCAGCUGGUGGAUUGUUUGACAAAGGAGAAAUUCUUCAAAAGGCUGAUUGUUAUCCUGGCCGGGUAUGACGAGGACAUCAAUCGCCUUAUGGCAUCGAACCCCGGCCUCACCAGUCGUUUCUCGGAGACAGUCACGUUCAAGAACUUGUCUCCCUCUCAAUGUUGGGUACUCCUGCGGGACAGUCUGGGACAGGUCCACCAAGUAGAUCACGCUGUUGUUCGGCAGCCUGAUGGUCAAUUUCACGCGCGGAUCUUGGCGUCCUUUGAACACCUAUCCACUCUUCCUGGCUGGGGGAACGGUCGGGAUGUGAAAACCAUCUCGGACACCAUUAUUAGGAGAGUCUUUUCGUGCCCUUUAGAUGAAGGCCAGACACAGAUGGUGAUCACUGAAGAAAUGGUCAGUGCAGUUCUCCAGUCCACAGUUCAGGAGCGCCAGCUGCGGGCGACGGCGACCGUCCCGAAUCUGCCGACUUCCCUCGCUGCCAUGCCAGCGAUGGCUGGACCGCACCACGCGGCACCCUCCUUCAUAGCUGCUUCAUGGGCAAAACAACAAGAUAACCCGUCGACACCACCAGACACUGACUCAGAUGCCGCAACUUCAACAGAGGCUGACUUGAAUGGGCCUCGCGAUCCAGGGGUAUCUAACGAGGUUUGGGACCAACUGCAAGCUGAUCGAAAACAACACGACGCGCAAAUCAUGCAUGAUGCGGAGAUCAUUAAUGAGGAAAAGGUUUUGCGAAAGAAACUGGACAACAACUCAGAGAUGCCAGACGAUGACGAGCGACGUCAAUAUGAAGAACUUAUUAGGAGUCUUGUUCGGCAAAUGUUUGAGAUCGAGGAGCGAAAGAAGAAGGAGGAAGAAGCACAGAGGAAACUGCGGGAAAUGGGUGUCUGUCCUAUGGGAUAUCGUUGGAUUCCACAGGCCACAGGCUACCGGUGUGCAGGUGGGAGUCAUUUUGUCUCUUCGGCACAGCUGGGCUUGUAAUUCCAUACGGGUCGCCAGAAUAUCUGUCUCCUAGUAUAUGCGCAAUGCGAAUGUCAUUCCCUGAUUCCCUGAUGAGGCGGGGCUUAGACAAGAUGAGUUUCUAGUUGUUCGCGACCGAAAAAAGCAUACAC